UUCAAGUCACGUGGCAAGCCCCAAAGUACUCUGGGAACGGCGUGAUCGGCUAUGAGGUCUAUUACAACAAAUCGACCGCUGCCAAGGAAACCAUGAUUACUGUCGGAGAUCAAACAUUCGGUCAAGAGAUAAGACACCUCAGACCAUACACUUAUUACCAAGUACAGGUGGCGGUGAAGUCCUAUGGUAUUACAGGGCCAAAAUCAUUUGCCAAGGUUGUCCAAACACUGGAGGACAUUCCCAGUGCCGCUCCCGCGAACAUCCGGAGUAAGGGACUGGACUCCACUAGCCUGGAAAUCAGCUGGGAUCCACCUCCCCCCAGACAUCGCAACGGACGCAUUACAAACUAUACCGUCAAGUACAGGGAGAAGGGGGGACGCGCAAGUUUUGUGAACGUGGAUGGAAUAAAGUCCUCAAUUCGUCUUCAUAAUCUCAAGAAGUACACCACAUAUUUUGUGUGGAUAUCAGCGAGUACCUCUAUUGGCACUGGUCCUACGUCUAGCAAGCACACAUUCUCCACAGCGGAGGAUGUCCCCAGUGGAGCACCGCGUCAGCUCAAAUUCAGAGUGGUGAAUUCUUCCGUCAUUGUAGUCCGCUGGUCAGAGCCACUGCAGCAGCAGGAUGGCCGUAUCCAAGGUUACUCAGUGUUCUACCAGAAAGUGGAUGAUCAAGGAAACCAACUGAAUCCACCACCCCUCCCUGAAGUCAAAUACUCUGAAUCUUGGGAUUCCUUGAGCGUUGUUUUAACCGAACUGGAAGCCGAGACGACGUACCAGAUCGAGGUUGCAGCAUACACCGUAAAAGGAGACGGCGCCCGCAGUGUGCCAGUGUUAGCUAAGACCUUAGCGAAAGCCCCGGAUGCUCCAUACAUUUUCAGUACUAAGCCAAUUUCCACUCCAAGCACGGGGUUGACAAUCAAAUGGAGGACUUCGGUGAGCAAUGUGCUCUCUUACAAGUUGCGAUACGGAAAGUCCUUACAGCGCCUGCGCGGACGGGAUCCGCCUGUCAAGAUGAAAGAAAUGACGUUUCUUCCGCAGACAAAGGAGCAUCCAUUUAGAGACCUUAAUCCUGGCGUAUGGUAUCUGUUCAAAGUAUCUACACGAACCAAAGCUGGGUGGUCACCAGAAACUUCCCACUGGGUUGAGAUGCCACCCGGUCCACCCACAGGUCCUCCUCUUCAAUUGAGGGCCUCUCCUGUGUCAUCAACUUCAAUUCGUGUGACGUGGCUGGAGCCAGAUGUGUGGAAGAAAAACGGUCCUCUGAUUGGAUACUCCGUGUUGUACAAUCCUCUUAAUCGAAGGGGCCAAUCUUUGGUGAAAAAUAUCACCAACCCGAACCAAACUAGAGUGCUCUUGACGCGCCUAAGGAUGUUCACUGAUUAUGAGAUUCGUGUUCGAGCCCUGGGACAAAAGGGACCUGGUCCCUUGAGUCGUCCUGUCAUUGAAAAGACAAACGAAGAUGUGCCAGAAGCGUGCCGAGAACUGGAAGUCGAUAAUGGCGGUAGCGACUCGGUUGUGUUAAAUUGGAAGCCGCCGGUCACAGAUGCUGGAAUAACAAAGUAUCAGAUUACAUAUUCGGGUUCAAAAUCCUACAAAGAAAAUGGUGAAUUCAAACAGCUGUCACACACUCGUGAAGUCAAAUUGGACGCAGUUUCCCCUGGUCUUCAGUCGCACACUUUGCAAGGUCUUGUUCCUCACACAACCUACCAGAUAGAAUUGUCAGCUUUUAAUUCCAUGGGCGAGGGACCGAAGAUAGCACUGACUCUGAAAACAGAUAAAGGUAGACCUCCACCGCUACAGAGGCCGGUGAUUAUCGAAAACGAACUUUCGGACGAGUUUGUUCCCAUAGAGCUGGAGCCCGCCUCAGAGAGAAACGGGCCGAUAAGUUACUACAUAGUGGUUGUAGUACCGCUGAGGAAGAGCAACCAACUGCCCAAAGAUAAGAUACCGGAUGAUUUCUUCAAAGAAGUGAGGCGCAGACGAGAGACCACUAAAAGGGACAUUGAUGAGCCCUAUAUUGCUGCCAAAUUCAGUCCCUCCGAACUACCAAAGAGAUUUAACGUGGGAGAUAGAAAAUUCAAAAAUCUAUACGGUUAUUACAACAAGGAGCUGUCUGAAGGAGCCUAUUACACAAUGUUUACAAGAGCUUAUGUCAAAAACGACAAAGGGGAGGCGCUAUACACUUCUAGUCCCUUUGUAACACCUGUUAAGUUCGGUGCUAGCAACCAAGACGCAGUAAUAAACACUGGGGCCAGGCAAGACCCUGAAGAACAUACUGGAGGAGGACUGAAUCUAAUUUUUGUCAUUAUCCCAGUCGUGGCAGUCGUCGUUAUCACAGCCAUCGUUGUUCUUGCUGUACUGUUGUGCAGAAGGAAGAAAAGGAGAGGUAAAAAGUCGAAAUCUGCGAACGAAGAUAAAUCAGAACCGUCGGACCCAGUAGAAAUGAAGAGAAUGACAAUUCAGACACCAGCCAUGAUGGACCACCCACCAAUCCCUGUUUCUGAACUUGCUAAGCACAAUAGCAACUUGAAAGCUGACAACAACAACAAGUUCAGUCAAGAGUACAAGUCUAUCGAGCCAGGAGAGACUUUCACGUCUGAUGCCUCAACACAGGUCUACAACAAAUCAAAGAACCGCUAUCAUAAUAUAUUUGCCUUUGAUCAUUCUCGUGUUCGCUUGGCAACCGUAGACGGUAUUGCAGGCACAGAUUACAUCAACGCUAACUUCUGUGACGGUUAUCGGAAAGAAAAUGCGUACAUCGCAACUCAAGGUCCUCUUGAGGAAACAAUAGAUGACUUCUGGCGGAUGAUCUGGGAGUACAAGACGUUCACAAUUGUCAUGCUCACAGAACUAGAGGAAAAUGGAAGGAUCAAAUGUGCACACUACUGGCCGAGCGAAGGAACUGAACAAUACGGUGAUAUUGAGGUCAUUGUUACAGACUGGAUUGAGUUCGCUAACUACACAAUAACAACGUUUCAAGUCUGCAAGGAUGGCGCCCCACAGCCCAGGGAAGUCAAACAUUUCCAAUUCACUGGCUGGCCUGAUCAUGACCUCCCACCCCACCCUACCCCAUUCUUAGCGUUCCUCAGAAGAGUACGCUUCUACAAUCCUACGGACGCUGGUCCUAUCGUGGUACAUUGCGGUGGUGGUGUUGGUCGUACAGCGUGUUUCAUCGUCAUAGACUCCAUGUUGGAAAGAGUCAAACAUGAAAAUACAGUCGAUAUUUACGGGCACGUGACGGUGCUAAGAACGCAACGUAACUUCAUGGUACAAAAAGAGGAACAAUAUAUCUUCAUCCACGAUGCCCUCCUCGAAGCAGUGUCCUGCGGGAACACAGAAGUCCACGCGAGGAACCUGUUAUACCACAUCAAGCGACUGACGGAGCCUUGUCAAGGAGGAAUGGCGGGUUUAGCUGAGGAAUUUCGAAAGCUCAAUAAUCCCAGUCAAGCCCGACGACAAAAACAGGGCGCAGGAGGUCUGGCAAUCAGUAGAUCAAAGGAAAGACUAGCUAACAUUCUGCCACACGACACAACCAGAGUGCAAUUACUAUCCACUCGUGGUAUUGAAGGCUCCAGCAGCAUCAACGCAAGUUCUAUAGACGGCUAUCGUCAGCGAGGCGCUUAUAUCGCUACCCAGGAUCCUUCCCCAGAUACGGUGGAUGACUUCUGGGGGAUGUUAAUGGAGCAAAACUCGAACAUCGUUGUCAUGUUAACGCAACUUGACGAGGAAGACAGGGACCACUGUUACAAAUACUGGCCCACUGAUCGCUCUGCUAAACACCAGUAUUACGUUGUGGAUCCUGUAACGGAACAAGAUUUUCCAAAUUUCGUUAUCAGAGAUUUCAAGGUCAAAGAUAUAAUGAGUGGCACCGUUCGGAACAUCAAACAAUUCCAUUUUUACGGCUGGACUGACAGUAUUCCCAAGAGUGGUGAGGGCAUAUUGGACUUGAUAGGCCAGGUGCAAAGAACGUACGAACAGCAGGAAGAAGAGGGACCAAUCACCGUACAUUGCAGUGAUGGUAUUGGCAGAACGGGCGUUUUCUGCGCCCUUUGUAUAGUAUUAGAACGCAUGCGCUCUGAGGGAGUGGUAGAUUUGUUCCAGACUGUAAAACUUCUGCGAACGCAGAGACCGAAUAUGAUACAAAAUCAGGAGCAGUACUUGUUCUGUUAUCAAAAAGCACUGGAAUACCUCAGCUCGUUCGACCACUACGCCGUGUAACAAGUCAUGAAUUAUAUCGGAAGCAAGUAGUGAUGUGAGCUCGUGUGUAGUGACUUCUCAACGUAGGAGUUAGGCACCCACCAAGUUAUAGUUACGAAAUCACUCGUCACUUUCCACUGGACACAACACUUGUUAUAAAAGAAAUUCCAUAAACAGCAGUCACCGCGGUUCUUCAAAGAAGCAAAACUUGAAACUGGCCGUUGAAGGCAGAAACUGUUGGGAUCUGUCGUCGAGUUCCAAAUCAGUGAAUGUCUGAACCGCGAAUAAAAUGGAAAAGACUGAAAGAAGUUCGUGACGGAUUUUAAAGCCGUGAAUUAUUUAAUGAAUGGAACAAAGUAGUUGGCACUGGAGCUGUUGUAGAAGAAAAGCCUCGCAAAUAGUGGAGUGUUCUUAAACUUCUAUAUGCAGAGUGUGAUGACAUUUAGAAUAUGCAGAGAUUGAGAGGACAUAUCCAUGUGAAGUGCUAUUUAAAAAGUGGCGCUAAAUGGGACAAUAGAAACAUUUCACGAAUCAUGUAUCAUUGAUUUGCUUAUAUAAGGUUACAUAUUCAUAAUUGUAAGAAUAUCUUUACAUACAGGCUUUAAACGCACAUCGUUAAACUCAAACACUUAUCAGUGUUACAUUGUUUUCGAUUUUUUUGUUUGCAAUUAAUUACUCUAGCUUUCAUGGCCUGAUAGUUUGAAUUAUAUCGCGGAUAAUCUACAGUUUUAAAACAAGAGGGAAUCAAACUAGGGAAGAAAUGAUAUUUAACCCACGAGGACAAUUCGUUUCAUAUUUUGUUUAGGUUCUGUGUUUGUUAGAUAAGUUACGUUUUGCUGACUUUUGAUUGUUUUAGCCAUUAUUCGUGACGCCUUACUUCAGCUUUUUUGAUAAGUUUUUUAUUUACAAUUUUAUAUCAGUCAAGUUUUACUUUGCGUAUUUUUAAUAUUGUUCAUGCCUAAAAUACGUUUUUACGUUGUCCUGGCACGUCAGCGUUUGACCAACUUCGUCCCUCUUUUCAAAAUGGCGGACGGGAGAACGAGCCGCCAUUUUGAAAAUCGUCGAGGGACAAAGUUGGUGUUCACUAUAUUGAGUGUAUCACUCAAAGUAUUUUUAAUAUUUGCGGUCAGUUCCCAUACAUACGUGGUACACAGAUAUAAGUUAUAGCGUCAAUCCUUGUUGUUUGAAGACAGUUUUUUGUUCAUGUUUAACCAUACUAUUAAUUGUGUGGCGGCCAGUGAUACAGGUGUAUUUUUCGUAAAAACCGAUUUGUUGGUCUUCUGUCUUCUAAUGAAUUUCGAAUUGUCGAUGUUUGCGAAAACUUCUACCUGUACCACUGUCCAAUAGUUUGGACCUCAGGGAUAUUUAAGUGUGUUAACAGAGCACCAUCCUCAACUUACUUAGAUAGAGGAUUUUACCUUCGUCCGGAUUUAUUACACGUAUCUACCACGUGUUGAUAGCGUUGUAUUUUUGUUUUAAUUUGGCAACUAGCUUCCUAGUUGCUACAACGAAAUCAAUAUCUUCAAACUUUGACGAAUUAUUGAGCCCAAUACAUCUACAACGUUGAACAAUACGUACUUUUAAUUUUUCAAAACAUCUACCUCCAUUUAGGAAUGUUUAAGAAAGUUGAAAAAUGCACAGUAGCGAAUAAUUAUUGUUACGGUUUAUUAAAUCAAUUUCAACCAAUCUUUACUGACAAGCGCUUUUUCGCUGAGGUCUCAAACUAGCAACUUAAUUUUUUUUUUUGAAAAUAACGCUUUGAAUUGAUACGAACUUAUAUUGAAAUUUAUAGUUGACAGAUGGUUUUGUAACUUCUAGAUUUUUUUUUAAUGUACAUAAUCGAAUGUAUAGAUUGAGAGUCAGAAUUAUAUUUUUAUAAUGUACAAAUUCAUAGAGUAAUAAUCAUUUUAUGUACAAGCACUUUUGAAGUGCUCGCUCAUGCUUGUUAAUGGUUAGCAUGGCCGGGAUUGUCAAACGUAAGUACCACAAAUAAAAAAAAAAAAAAAAAAAAAA